AUGACAUCUCCAAGCACAAGCAACAAUCAUCGAUGUUUAAACCUAAUUUCAAAAUCCAAAACCCUACAAAACCUCAAGCAAAUCCAUGGCCAAUUCAUCACAACAGGUCUCUCUCACCACACGUUUCCUCUCAGUAAACUUCUUCUCUUAUCCUCCACAGUCUCUUUAUCCUACGCACUCUCUAUCUUCAAUCGAAUCCCAAAUCCUUCUGUUUUCCUCUACAACACUCUCAUUUCCUCAAUCGUCUCCCAUCACAAUCCCACUCAAACCCAUCUCGCGUUUUCUCUCUACCAUCAGAUUCUGAGCUCUAGAUCCCAAAGACCCAAUGAAUUCACUUACCCUUCUCUGUUCAAAGCUUCUGGCUUUCACUCGCGGUUGCAUCGCCAUGGAAGAGCUCUUCAUGCCCAUGUGUUGAAAUUCGUCGAAUCGGUGAAUCAUGAUCGGUUUGUGCAAGCUGCUUUGGUUGGGUUCUACGCGAAUUGUGGUAAAUUGAAGGUAGCUACAUCUCUGUUCGAGCGAAUUAGUGAACCUGAUUUAGCUACUUGGAAUACUCUUCUUGCUGCAUACGCUAAUUCCGGCGAAAGUGAGGAGGUUUUGCGGUUGUUCGUGGGUAUGCUAAAGAGUUCGUCGGUGCGACCUAACGAGGUUUCUCUUGUGGCUUUAAUCAAAUCUUGUGCGAAUUUGGGUGAAUUAAAGGGAGGAUUCUGGGCUCAUGGUUAUCUCUUGAAGAUCAAUCUGACUCUUAACGAGUUUAUUGGAACUUCUCUUAUCGACCUCUACUCAAAGUGCGGAAGUUUGAAAUUUGCCCGUCAAGUGUUCGAUAAAAUGACUAAGAGAGACACUUUAUGUUACAAUGCAAUGAUUCGCGGUUUAGCAGUUCACGGGUUAGGCCAAGAAGCUGUGAAAUUUUACAAGAACAUGGUCUCUCAAGGAUUACUCCCGGACGACGCAACUUUCGUAGUGACGAUUUCCGCAUGUUCGCAUUCGGGUUUAGUCGACGAGGGUCUCCAAAUAUUUCACUCGAUGAAAGCGGUUUACGCCAUCGAGCCUAAGGUUGAGCAUUACGGAUGUUUAGUUGAUCUAUUGGGCCGGUCCGGGAGGUUGGAAGAAGCGGAAGAAUGCAUCAAGAAAAUGCCGAUGAAACCGAACGCGACGUUGUGGAGAUCGUUUCUUGCGUCAGCUCAAAUCCACGGCGACUUGGAGAUGGGUGAAAUUUCGCUAGAGCAUUUGUUGGGGUUAGAAUUUGAAAACAGCGGAAAUUAUGUGCUUUUAUCGAAUAUUUAUGCCGGAGUUAACCGUUGGGAUGACGUGGAGAAAACCCGGGAACUUAUGAAAAACCACCUUGUCAAUAAAUCUCCAGGGAUUAGUACUAUUAGUUAG